CACUCGUUGAGUACUUGUCUGCCCUUGCUAAGAGCUCAUCAUCCUUAUAGCGAAGACAGACUCAGACGACUCUGCAGCAAGGAUCGCUAAACCCGAGCCUUCUGAAUCAUGCGCACUGGCGCGAUAUUGGGGGCCCGUUGAAUACGAACGUGGGGUUCCAUCGAUGUCCAUCACUUCCUGAUCACAUCGAACCUUCAAGUUGAAACUCGGCGCUCAACGACCCGUCACCCGAAUAAGCGCCAGUCAGGCUUCUGAAAGCCUUCUUGAUUAGGCGAGUAAGCGUCGCCCAGUCUGCCUUGUGCCAUCGAUCUCCUGCAAAUCUCCUGUGUGGUAGUGCCUCGAGGCGAUUAUCCUGGCUAUCUCCAGAAGCCAUCUAAUCUCCCCUAGGCGGACCACCAAAAGACUGCACACAACUCAGAUCCCAUUCACACCAUCGUCCGCAACAUGGAUUUUGAGGAGUUUGAAGUUGAUAUCGAGCGAACCAUCGAGGAGUCCGAAUCAUCAAUCAAUGCCCGAUCAUGCACUGUUAUAGAAGCGUUAGACCGGAUUGAUUCGUUGUGGUAUGCGCCUGCAAGUAGGGGCGCGCGCUGGAUGGAUUUGAUCGGGGAUUACGCUGGUGCAGAACCCUUUGUCAUCGAUGGACAUUCUUUACUCCAAGUUGUACUUGACGAUCAUCUGCUUGCAUUGGCGAAGGAUGACGACCCAUCAUUUCAAAUCGUUCAUGCGAUCUAUUUGCUAGAACGCAUUUUGAACGAAUUCCGAAAACGCUCUGCUAACUUUGAUAUCGUUUUCUUCGAUGCCAACCGACACCUAGUACUACAGGCGGGCGAGUCGGAGUUUACUGUCGCAUCUCGAGCCCUGGCCAGAAGAGUCUUAUAUAAGCACCUCCAGUCGCUGAACUCGGUUAAAACCCUCUCCUUCGCAAGUCUCUCCGACAAAAAUUGGGUUGAUUAUCGUGUUCAAGCGAAGCCAAUGUUUUUGAUGGUCAACGAUGGCGGUACACUGAAGGAAGGAAUCGGUGGACAAUUCGCCGUCCAUCAAAUACUCACUCAACGAUUGUUUAUCUUCGAUUUGCUGGCUAGUGGCUUGGCAAUGGUGCCGCUCCAGGGUGCUGAUUUCAAGGACACCAAGAUCUUAUCUUUCGUUUUUGAAUCAAAGCUUCGCUUGGGCCAUCGAGGAUAUUUCCCCGAUGCUGUUUUAUCCGCGGGCGUCACUGCCAAGGACGUUCUUGCUAGUCAAGAACAGGGGCCGUUCAAUCAAGUCCGCAGCUGCGUCCUUGGCGGAGCAUCAACAUCCUUGUCUUUCAUAGACCACCGCACGAUCUUGAAGGAUAUUGGAAUAUCAUAUCUUUUAGCAUUCAAGGACGACACUCAGCCGUCGCUACUUGCUGUUUUCAUCAUUCACGUCCUUCUUCUCAAGAAUGCAUCCAUCCAGGAUCGAGCACGGCGCCUGGUGCCUAUGAAACCUGGCCUUUUCACUUUGUUGACGAAAUCCUUCCUACCCCGCAUUUUUCGGGCGACAGAAGCAGUCAUUGUGACAACCGAUACAUCCAUCGACAUUGAUAUCCGUGUAUUCCUUUCUGUCUUGCGCUAUCUUUCCGAGCAUCAAGCUCAAUCGUUGACAGAGAUUCUCGGGCCGACUGUGGCCAAAGAUGCGGAAGAUAUCUUUUCUGAGUUGAAGCUCCCGCACCUCGACUUUUCGCGUUUGAGCGUCUUUUUCCUUCCUGAUGACUUGUAUAAGAUGCCAGUUCCCCUCAAGCUUCUCCCCUUCACCAACCGAGUGUUUGACGAGGAGCUUUCUGUCGUCCACGUCGCCGCGGAGGGCGUCACACGCCCAAAUCCCGUAGAACGUGUUGCUUCCAUCGGAGAAGAGUCUGACGAGUGGGACGAUAGCAGCACUAGUGACGAGUCCGCUGACGACCUCCCAUCCGCUCGUUCUCCUCAAAUUAAAACAUCCAGAGAGGAUACCCUCUUCUCGGACACGCAGCAUUGGCACAACCAUAAGAUGGCUAUUCUGCCCAAGCAUCUUGGAGGAGAUACUGCGACUCCGAUGACUGAAUGGCAGCGUAGUCGGAAGCUUCGGUCAGACCAGCGUUUCAUGAAGAACUUGCAUGACCAAGCCAGCACCUUGACUGGCGCAUCAGGGGCUGUCCUCGAACAGCUGAAGAUACCGACCGUGGCCUCCCUUAUGAAUCAGCGCAUCGCGAAGCCAAAAGUUGUACAUGCUCGUUCGUCGGGCAAAAGUACCGGCAAACUGUCAAAAGCCGAUGCUAUCCGUGAACAGAAUAUCGCCAAGAAGGAAUCCAAACAGAUGUCUGAGUCUGCAGCAUGGAUCGCGUCCCGUAUCCAAGAGAUGGAAAGCCUGGAUGGUAUUGGUCUCGAAAAAUACCUGCAAGUUCUUGCCCGCAAUCCGCGAACCAGGGAGCCAUCAGUGGGCGUAGAACUUCGGCUGUAUCGUAUGCAUCGUCUUCUCCGAGAGUGGAUCUAUUCCGCUAAUCCAGACUCCUCGGCGAGCCGCGACAAAUAUUCCUUGUCACUAAUGCGUCUCGUCAAGGAAGUGUGGGAGAUUGGCUUUAGCACAAAAGAGAUUGCUAACGCAAUUACGAGCGUGUUGAUUUCCCUCGGCUUCAGCGACUAUAUUGAUAGUCUCGUCGUCUCGGGUUCAACUGACGACAGGGCGCUAAGCUUUCGCUUCGUCAAGCUGAUCAAGUCCAAAACCAAAACACCAGCCAAUGAAUUCAUGCGAGUGCAGGAGCACCCUAUUGUAUGGCAACUACGGUUGUUCGGGGAAUUCAUGGAUAGAAGCAUGGAUAGUCAGGCUGAUGCAAGAGUGCUAUUCAAGCCAGAUGCGUGGCAACGCGAGGUGCUUGAUGCUAUCGACCAAAACAUGUCUCUUCUCGUCGUGGCUCCUACCAGUGCAGGAAAGACCUUCAUCUCGUAUUAUGCUAUGGAGAAGAUUCUCCGAGGAUCUGACGAUGGGAUACUGGUUUACAUUGCACCGACAAAAGCCCUUGUUGCUCAGGUUGCAGCCGAGAUUUAUGCCAGGUUUAGCAAGGACCUCAACGGUCGUAGCUGCUGGGCAAUCCACUCCCGUGACUUCCGAGUCCAUGAUCCGCAGAACUGCCAAAUCCUUGUCACUGUCCCCGAGAUCCUGGCGAUCAUGCUUUUAUCUCCUCCACUCGCUAAGAUGUGGACCCCCCGACUCAAAUAUGUCAUUCUUGACGAAAUUCACACGAUUGGCCAGCAGGAGGGCGGAGCUGUCUGGGAACAGAUAUUGCUCCUGUCCCCUUGUCCUAUCAUAGGUCUAUCUGCAACGGUCGGAGCACCAGAAAGGUUCAAUGAAUGGCUCGAAAGCGUUCAAAAAGCAGGCGGUUUCCAGCACAAGUUCGUGCAUUACCCGCAUCGGUAUUCCCACUUGAGGAAGUUCUAUUAUAACAUCCACGAGGAGCCAAGAGAUGCCUUCCAAAGCCUUUCGACGCACAAGUCUACCGAAAGGAUGCGAUUUCUGCAUCCACUGUCCAUUCUUUCAUUCAGCGCACAUUCUCUCCCCUCUGAUCUGGCACUGGAAGCAGUGGAUGCAUUGAAUUUGUAUCGUGCUCUUAAUACAUGCGCAGCACUCGAGCCUUCUAUUCUCACUGCCCUCGAUCCCCCGGUCUUUUUUCCCUCUAGUAAACUGCUUCAGCAGAAGGACAUAAUACGGUACGAAGAGGCUCUGAAACAGCGCCUCGCUCCGUUGCUGUCCUCUUUCAAUUCGCGAGACUCCGGGACACCGUUGUCGCGCGUCAUUACUCAACUCCAAGAUGACGUUUUAUCUCGUGUCCCAGACGAAGUGUUGAACUCUCAACCUGAUCGUGUUAUAUCUGGCUGCAAUCUCAUUCAUCUGGUCGCCGAUCUUCACGCACAAGGGGACCUCCCUGGUAUCUUCUUUUCAUUCGAUCGAAGCGAUUGUGAACAGAUGGCCCAAAUUUUGGACAACGUGCUCCAGAGUCAGGAAGACAAAUGGCGCGAAAAUAGUCCUGAGUGGAAACGCAAAAUGGCACAAUAUGACGCAUACCUUCAAGGCGCAAAAGAGCGGGAACGCAUAACUACACGAGCAUCGAAGCACAAGGCCGAUGAAGAGGAUAAGCGCGCUGUCACGAGUGAAUGGCAGGCAUCCUUUAGACCUGAUGAUCCCCUGCCAAACUUCUCGUUCGCUGGUCAAAGUACUUCGUAUACGGCAUUGGAACUUGACGAAGAUAUCGCUGAUCUUGCGAGGCGGAAACCCUCUCCACCUGAAUGGGCAAUAAAUUGUCUGAGACGUGGUAUCGCUGUUCAUCAUGCCGGUAUGAACAAAGGGUAUCGCUCUCUGGUUGAGAGUCUCUUUCGCCGUGGCUUCGUGCGCGUGAUUUUCGCAACGGGCACUCUUGCAUUGGGUAUCAACGCCCCGACCAAAACUUCAAUUUUCUGUGGUGACUCACCCUUCCUCACUGCACUCAUGUAUCGACAAUGUGCGGGACGCGCUGGACGGCGAGGAUACGACCUGCUCGGAAAAGUGGUCUUCUAUGCUCUUCCCAUGAGCAGAGUGCAGAGACUGGUGCUUUCCAAGCUGCCCUCCCUUUCUGCCAGUUUCCCUAUUACAUCGACUCUCGUCGUGCGCCUAUUCAAUCUGCUGGAGGGUUCUGAUUACUCCACGAUCGCAGUCGCCGCUGUGCAACGGCUCUUCCGCCUACCACAAAUCAGUUUUGGUUCUGAGGAAGGCAGAUACCAGCUUUUGCACCAUCUGCGUUUCUCUAUCGACUACUUGCGUCGUGCUCGUCUGCUCGACGAGCAAGGGAAGCCGCUCAACCUUUUCGGAAUAGCGGCACAUUUGUAUUACACAGAGCCCAGCAACUUGGCUCUAGUUGCUCUGCUUCGGAGCGGCGUGAUCCAUAAAAUUUGUGCGCAACCUAGCCUGAGGCUUGCGAAACGCGAGUUCAUCCAGCUGAUGUCCCACCUCUUCGGACGGCGGUACCUGCCUUCUGCUUGUAUGAAAGAGGAGUACAUCAUGAAUGUGGUCAAGAAGUCGCCAUCAAUGGUCGUACUACCACCACUGGCUAAGCCAGCUCGUGACGUGCUGAUAGAGCAAGAGCGCGAAAUCCUCCAGAUCUUCACCGGAUAUGCCCUUACUUACGGGACUCAGCACCACAAGGACCUUGAGCCCGAUCAUAUCCUGCCACUUAGCAAAAGGGAUAUAUCGGGUACUGCGGAAGAUGCACCGUCGCUCAUUCGCGACCACCUUCAUCAUACUGCGAUCCGUGUUGUCGCACGGUCGCUCUUUGUGGCUAACUCGGGCCAUGACGAUCAUUUCGACAGUGUUCACGACCUCGCUCAAACGGCUCGACGUGGACUGAACCUGAACGAACACACCAUCCCAUCGUUCAGAGGCAUCACCGGGAAGACUAACGAAGAAGACAACAAAUACGCGCUGAAUGCUUACCUCCUAGACUUCUACAUUCACGGACAGGUAGCGGCUCUUGCCUCCGCGAAUGCAAUCAGACGGGGCGAAGUUUGGUUUUUGUUGCAGGACUUUGACCUCACGCUAAUGACUGUGCGUGGGGUACUUGAGCAACUCUUUCAGAAGAGGUCCGAAGAUGCAACACCUCAGAAUGCAGACCUCAGUGAGGAGGUGGACAGCGGAUAUGGAUCACUUGACACAGUCCGGUGGGGGGAUGAGGAAGAGGAAGCAUCUGAGAAGCAGGAGCGGGGGAAAUUGGAAGCAACUAGUGAUUCGCAGAGACCGCGCGGUGUGUCGGAUGCGGACUGGAGAGUUUUCGAAGUGGUCAACGGUGCGCUCGAAGAGUUCCAUGAAAAGUACAAGGCUAUGUGGGCCUAAAUGUGUACGAUCUCUUACGUGAUGUUUGGCGAGAACAUUUCUCCAUUUCUCAUUCCUCAUUGUUCGACCCUUGUCGCCAUACAUCAACUCUACCCCGGCAUUCUUUGAAAUACAUGUACACGUAUGCUACAAUUACCGAAAUCGAUGAACCCGCUACCGUUCU